AUGAAUAAAAAUAGUUACCAUUUUACUUUUUAUAUUAUUCAAUGUCACUCUACACAUUUUUUGGAUGUCUGUUUUUAGCUUAUGGUCCUCUUCUAUCCAUCUUUUUCUUGUAUAUUGCUCCUAAUGCGCAAUAUGUAUUAUUAACAGUAGCCAGUGCUUUCUUUUGCUUAAUAGCAUUACUCUUAUCAAGCAUUAUCUGGUAUCUUGCAAAAGGAGCACAAACUAUUCAUUUUGUGAGCAUUACAUAUAGUAUAGCUAUUCAAGAACUUUGUAGAUGGGGUUUUUAUUUAUUGUUACGUCGUGCAGAAUCUGGAUUAAAUACAAUAUCAUCUAAUCCGAAAUCACCUUUUAAUCGAACCACUUUUGCCUUUGUUUCUGGAUUUGGAUAUGCUUUGAUGACUUCCUUGAUUAGUUAUAUAUCUUUACUUGUGGAAUCAAUAGGACCUGGCGUCAUCAUGUGUCCUUCUUGUCCUGAAAUAACCAUCUAUUUUAUGUCUGCUAUAACAACUACUUUUUUCUCUUUAAUGCACAUUUGCUGGAUGAUAAUCUCUUUUGAAGGUUUCAGUGAGCUACCUCAAAUAAAAGGCUGGCUAAAGAUAAUUUGGGUCAUUUCAUCUCAUUAUGGUGCCUCUUUUACAACAGUUUUAAAUGCUUCAAGAAAUAUUAAAUAUGGUUGUAUAUACUCAAUUAUGACAAGUCUUUUCAUUCUUCUUACAUCUACCUAUCUUGUCAUUUCAUCCCUUAAAUCAAAAUUCAAAACAUUGUCUAAUACUCGUCGUAGUCAACAUUAAGCAUAGAUAUAUUAUGUACAAAUACAUAUACAUACCCUUUUUUUUCCCCUUCCCCCUACCCCACUUUUUUAUAUACACAUAUACAUAUACAGAUAUAAAAAGUGGAAUAUAUGUCUUUUA